CAACUGGCUGGACAUCCCACUGCCGGAAUCAAGCAUGGGCAUCAGGAGCGGUACAUCGGGCUAAGCAGCGGGCGGAGGCACGUCAGGCUGUGGCAGCAGGCAGCGGCACGUCAGGCUGGGCAGCAGGCAGAGGCACGUCAGGCUGGGCAGCAGGCAGAGGCACCGGGCCAUGAGGCAGAGCAGCAGGCACGAGGCAUCAAGCUCGACAGCAGGCACCGAGUCAUCUGGCAGAACAGCGGGCACGAGUCACCAAGCUCGACAGCGGGCACCGGGGUUUCAUCUGGCACGACAGCGGGCACCGGGUCAUCUGGCACGACAGCGGGCACCGAGUCAUCUGGCACGACAGCGGGCACCGAGUCAUCUGGCACUGGGACAGCGGGCACGAGUCAUCUAGCCGGACCACGGGCACCGAGCCGGACCACGGGCGCCGAGGCACCGGGCCGGGACCACGGGGCGGCCGAGGCUCAGGGCCGGACCACGGGCAUCGAG